AUGGCAAUGUGGUACUCACUGGGCAUUGCUUUCUUCGCCGCUAUCGGCACAUUCCUAUUUGGCUUCGACACCGGUAUCGCGACAACAACAAUCGCCCACCAGAGUUGGAUCGAUUAUAUGCAAAAGCCCUCAAAUGGCGUCACAGGAGCCGUCGUGGCCGUCUACAUCGCAGGCGAAGCCCUCGGCGCCCUAACGCAAACCUUCAUCGGCGACAAGCUCGGCCGCAUCCGCUUCAUGCAACUGAUGUGCAUGAUCGUCACAAUCGGCACAGUCAUCCAAACCGCUUCCGUAAAUAUCGGCAUGUUCCUCGCCGGCCGCGCCAUAGCCGGCUACGCAGUAGGCGGCCUCGUCGCCACAGUACCCAUCUACCUGAGUGAAAUCUCGGACCCGCGGUACCGCGGCCUGAUCGGCGGAAUAUCCGGCUGCGGCAUCUCCUUCGGAACGAUGAUGUCGAACUGGGUCGGCUAUGCGUGCAGCUAUGCGCCGUACGGACCUGUGCAGUGGCGGCUUCCGUUGGGGAUUCAGAUCCCCUGGGGGAUUAUCAUGUUUAUUGGACUUUCGACUUUUAUGCCGCAUUCGCCGAGACAGCUUAUUCGGUCUGGGAAGGUUGAGUUGGCGAGGAGUGAGUUUGCGAGGAUUCGGAGGGGUGUCGCGCUGCUGGAGAUGGAGGAGGAGUUUGGGCUUAUGAAGGCUCAGAUUGAGUAUGAGAUGGAGAGGGAGAUUAGUUCUUACCGGGAGAUCUUUAGGGUGUUUAGGCACCGGGUGCUUGUGUCCAUUGCUGUGCAGACUAUGACUAGUCUGACGGGUGUCAAUGUCAUUCAGUAUUAUCAGACUACUCUUUACAAGAGUCUUGGAAUUGGUUCCCAUACGAUCCUUGCGUUGGCUGCGGUUUACGGUACUGUUGCUUUCGUGUCUAACUCGCUCACGACCAAAUAUAUGACCGAUCAAUGGGGUCGUCGGAAGAUGUUAAUCACCGGAUUGGCGGGCAUCAUCUUGAUUGAAAUCUACGCUGCCGUCAUGCAGAGGUGCUUCCAGAACACGGAUAACCGUAUCGGAAAGGGGUUUGCAAUUCUUGGAAUCUACCUCUUCGUUGUUUGCUACUACGGCAUGCUCAACAGUACUACAUGGCUGUACGGCGCCGAGGUACUUCCUAUUGCUCUCCGCAGCAAAGUGAUGGGUCUUGCGGCUUCAUCGCACUUCAUCGUUAAUGUUGCAAUCACCGAGGCUGGACCCAGUGCUUUCGCCAACAUCCAUGAAAACUAUUAUUACGUCUUUGUAGUAUGCUCUGCAUUCUUCUUGGUGAUUGCUUACUUCUACUUCCCCGAGACCAAGCAGAAGACACUUGAGGAGGUGGCUGCUGCGUUCGGCGACCGUGUUGUUGAUCAGGACGAGGGUGCUAAGCGUGCGACUAGUGUGGUUGGUGAUGUUCAGCAUGUUGAGUCCACCGAUGUGACAUCAAAGGCUGUCUGA